AUAAGUCCUGCAAUGCGCGGUCUAAAUUAAUCGGGACUUUGCUUCAUUCUUAUUAGAGGUCAAUGGUUCCACUCUGGGUAUGAAAAAAAUUCUAGUCCUGCAAUGCGCGGUCUAAAUUAAUCGGGACUUUAAUAGAUGCAAAAAAAAAAAAAAAAAACCAGAGGGAAGGAGGAUCAUUCAACAGAAAUAGAACACAUUUUCUAUUGCCGCAGACCCACGUGAUACUCACGUGUCAAUAAGGACCGGCCACUAACUAGAACUAUAAUACUUUGACCAGCCAAAAUUAUGUUACUAUAAAUUCAAAGGUUCAUCCUGUGUUUUUAUUCUCCUCUUCUUUACAUAAGCUUUCAUACUCUUCACUUUUUUUCUCUUUUCUAUAGUCCUACUUUUUAUUUGUAUGGGCAUGAGUGAAACUAUGCCAAAUCCCACCAAUUGGGUACAAUUCUAUCAAUCUCAAAGAUCGCCACAAACCCCUAUGUUUUCUGAUGCCACGGUAGUCACCACAACUGUCACUUCCUUAGUCAGUGCUCCAGAUCACCACCAACACAGUACCGGUCCGGUUGAUGGCCGGGUUUCCAAGCCUAUCAGACGCCGAUCCAGGGCUUCUCGACGAACACCAACCACUGUGUUGAACACGGAUACGGCUAAUUUUCGUGCCAUGGUGCAACAGUUCACUGGUGGACCUGUUGCACCAUUCGCAUCGCAGGGGACCUACAUAGGUUUCGGGUCCAAUAAUCAACAAGUUGUGAAUCCGAAUACCGCACCUACUUCUGCUGGUGGUUCUUACAGUAUCCAUUUUCAGACGCAACCACCACCACAAAACCAAUUGCCUUACAUGUUCAGCUCAUUGGGCAGUCCCACUCCUGAUGCUGUUGUUCCAGGCCGAGCUGAUAAUUUUCCCAAUAGACUUGAAGAUAGUUCUUCUCCUUCUAAUGAGAACAAGUCUGAAAUUAAUAACUUCAUGUUCUGAUUAGUCAAAAGAGAUAUUGACAUAAAUAGCCGUUCUAUUUUUCAAAAUUUCAACUUAGGCGGCCUGGAUCACUAAUGAUUUUAUGCUACUUUGUGAUUCUGUCACUUUCACUACAUUAAUGAUCGCUGAGAUUUUCUACUUCAAAUUUUUCUCAGUACCGAUCGAGACCUGGUGCUGUGUACAUAACCCCCACUAAUAACAAGAUCCUUCCUAGCUGCUUCGUUUUAUUUUACGUACUGUAGUAAUUUAAAUUUUAGUUACAUGUAUUUUGAUUUUACUGUAAUUUUCUUUAUUUCUUUCCUUUUGUAUAUUCGACAAUUCAAAGGGAAAAUUUAUUUUUAAAAUAA